AUGGGCGUGGAGAGCCCGGGCGAGCGGCCGGCUCCGGCUCGGCGGCGGCACGGCCGUCGGCGGGUGCGCCUGAUGUGCAUGCUGGCGCUGACUUUCGGCUUCUUCGUGGUGGAGGUGGUGGUGAGCCGCCUGACGGCCUCCCUCGCCAUGCUCUCGGACUCCUUCCACAUGCUCUCCGACGUGAUGGCUCUGGUGGUGGCCCUGGUGGCCGUGCGCUUCGCCCAGCGCACCCGCGCCACCAAGAAGAACACCUUCGGCUGGGUGCGGGCCGAGGUGAUGGGCGCCCUGGUCAACGCCGUCUUCCUGACCGCGCUCUGCUUCACCAUCUUCCUGGAAGCCAUCGAGCGCUUCACCGAGCCCCAUGAGAUCGAGCAGCCCUUGGUGGUCAUCGGCGUCGGAGCCGCCGGGCUGCUCAUCAACGUCCUGGGGCUCUGCCUCUUCCACCAGCACGGCGCCGGCGGCCACGGCCAUUCGCAUGGCGGGAACGGCGGAGGGGGAAGCCACCGCCGGAGCGGUGCCCGAGGCAAGGCGGAGCCGCCUCCCGGCGACCUACAUAAAGAAGAGGAGACCAACACCCUGGUGGACAAUUUCAACAGCUCCAAUGGAGUCAGCCUGGAGAAGCUGGGUGAUGUAGUAAAAGACAGCCAAAUGGAGUUGCAACCAAAUGGAAAUAUUAGCAGUCACUCCUCUAUAGACAUGGAGAUUGACGAAGAUACCAGUGCUCAGCUCAAUAUGCGUGGAGUGUUCCUUCAUGUUCUUGGAGAUGCCUUGGGUUCAGUUAUUGUAGUAGUGAAUGCCAUAAUAUUUUACUCUUACUGGACUCCAUGCCCGGAGGUUGGGGAUUGCAUCAAUCUUUGUGUUAAUGACCACUGUAAAAACUCCACUCAGCUUUCUGCAAUGGAACUAGAGCAAAUCCCUGUAGCUGGUCCUUGUUGGGUUCUGUAUUUAGAUCCUGCACUUUGUCUGAUUAUGGUGUGCAUUCUACUCUAUACUACUUAUCCUCUGCUUAAAGAAUCUGCUCUUAUUCUUUUGCAAACUGUUCCUAAGCAAAUUGAUAUUCGCUCUUUAAAUGAGAAACUCCGUAAACUGAAAGAUGUAGAAGCUGUCCAUGAAUUGCAUGUGUGGCAGCUGGCAGGAAGCAGGAUAAUUGGCACUGCUCACAUAAAAUGUAAGGAUCCAGAAUCCUAUAUGAAAGUGGCAAAAGAUAUUAAGGAGAUUUUUCAUGAUGAAGGGAUACAUGCAACAACCAUUCAGCCUGAGUUUGCCAUUGUAAGCUCUGAUGAAGGUGUAAGUAAAUGUGAACUUCCCUGCAGAAUUCAGUGUGCUCUGAAACAGUGUUGUGGGACUCUGGAAAAGGCUACAGGAAAGAAGAUAGAAAAGUCCCCUUCAGUUAGUAUUUCUUGCUCCGAAAUAGUUAUUGACUCUCCAUAUCACAAAGCCCGGAGGACUAAAUCAGAAUGCAUACCUGCUAUAAAAUUAGAAGCAGAGCCUAAUCCCAACAAACAGUUUGAAUCAUCUUUGUAAUUUGUAAAGUUAUGCUGAAUGAAGUAUGGCUUCAACUACAAAUUAAUUGCAAGAAAAAAGACCAUUAUUAAAAAGAGAAGUUGCAAAGAAAUGUAAUUAUUGAAGUUCAAUCCUUGUCACAACAGGGAAAUCCUGUUGAAAAGAACAUGCCGUCCUGAUAUAACUUAACGUUUGUGUUAACUUGAGGCUAAAUGGCACAACAUUAAUGCAGAGCCAGUUUCAACUUUAUGCCUGAUGCAUUGAAUUAAAAAUU